UUAUUGCUAUUAGCUUGUGUGUAUUAUACAUUCAAGGACUAUCAAUCUUCGUUACAAUAUAAUCAUUUAAUUCUGAAAUAUGAUAUGAACUAUGUGGAGGCAAUGAGUAACAUUGGUACAACACUCCGCAGCAUGGGCCGUACAGGAGAAGCUGAAAGAUGGUGGUACCAAGCAGUCAAGUUAAGGCCGGCCUACUGGGAUGCUGUUGAAAAUUUGGUAGGUGUCCUUUGUUCGACCAUACCGCCUUUACAUUCCGACAGCAAAGAAGAGAAGGCAUGCCCGCGCUACCAAGAGGCAUUGGCUGUAUGCGAAUUUGUGGAGCAGUAUUUUUUCCCAUCCUACAGCGAAGUGCUGUCACGCCCACGCCAUUUGCCAAUACACCAAUUGCCGCGACUACAGAACCUGUUUUACGCCAAAGGGAAUCUCAAAUAUGCACUUGGAGAUGUACCAGGUGCCCGAAAGGAUUAUGAACGUGGAUUAGAGCUGGUUUUUGGCAUGAAUUUAUUAAAUUUAACAAAUCAUCUUGCCUUGGCCUGCGGUUCCACUCAAGUACUCGAUGCCAAGCGAUACGGAAAAUUACUUAGUCCAUCAACAUUACCUCUGGUACUUCUGCAGCCAGAGCAGACAUCUCGCUUACUACAAAUAGCAUUUGGUACUACACAUGGACUUCUUCCAGGGCUUGCUAGCCUUGGAGCCAAUCAGACAACAUCUACUCUUCUUCUUACCCUUGCUAAGCUAUUUCAAGAUAUUAUGAGCCCGUCAACACCUGCUUUGGCCGCAGCUGCAUCCGAUACAUCCGUUGCUCCCACCUUAGGACUCCUUUUACCACUUUAUUAUCUUAGUCUUGCCCUUCACCCUAGCCCUUCCACUGCCAAUAACUUGGGUAUAAUCCUCAGUAACAUCUCGAGUGUAGCUACAGCACAAUCUGUAACUCUUAUGACCCCUGCUCAACAGCAGUCUCAAUCGACACCAAUUACUGGAACAAUGUUGGCCAUGCAGUACUACAUGUACGGACUUCAGCUUGACCCGCGGCAUCCGCAUUUGUAUACAAAUCUCGGAUCUCUCCUCAAAGACAUGGGUCAUCUUACAGAGGCUGUGUCGAUGUAUGAAAAGGCUGUGGAAUUUAAUCCUCGUUUCGAUGUUGCACUUGCUAAUCUUGGAAAUGCAAUCAAAGAUAUGGGGCGUGUGCAAGACUCAGUACAAUGGUAUAGACGCGCAGUUGAAGUUAAUCCAAAUUUUGUGGAUGCGAUUUGCGGGCUUGUGAACUCACUCGGUGGUGUGUGCGACUGGCGUGGACGCGGGGGUGCUGGAGAUGAAGGAGUUGUAGACGCAUUUGGAAACUUCUUUCCCAGUACCCAAGAUAAGAACGCUCGUAGUGGAUGGAUUGGCCGAGUAGUAGAUAUUGUUGAACGACAAUUGGAUGAAGGUGCUUCAUGGGGCUCGGGCAUCCUCAAGCAACAGGGCCGUCAUGAAAAAACCGUAGGAGAAGAAAUAGUGGAGUGUCUGGUGAAUUCUGUACCUCAUGAUACGGAUGUUCUUCCUCAGCGACUUGCCGAUCAAUGGAGAGCUAGACUAACAUUCUUUGAUACUGCUAAUAAGAAGAAUAAGAAGAAGAAUGAGGGCGGAUGGCUUAUUAGACUAAUAGAACGCUCUAUUCGACGCAUGCAACGUAGUUGGUAUAUUGAAAAUUAUGGCAUGACCUUGGUCAACAAUGGUCCACAUCCUGGCCCUACGCUUAUUAACCAAAACCUCAUACAAAAGUACGCUCGGCCACAUAUCCCAUCAUCUCUGCCUGCUCCACCUGUCCCUACUGUCCUACCGUUUCAUACGUUCACCUACCCACUGAGUGCCCGUCAAGUGCGGCUUAUCUCACAUCGUAAUGCCUUGCGGAUAUCUCACAAUAUUUUGUCAGCACCUUGGUUACCAGAGCAUGUAUAUCCUCCUCCACCUCCUCCAUCCCCACGCCUCAAAAUAGGCUAUGUGUCGUCCGACUUUAAUAACCACCCACUGGCUCACCUGAUGCAAUCUGUAUUUGGAUUCCACGACAAGACCCAUUAUGAAAUUAUAUGUUACGCGACUACGCCCAGUGAUAAUUCUCCUUAUCGCCAGAAAAUUGAACGUGAGGCUGAACAGUUUUUGAAUGUAUCAACAUGGUCCAACCAACAAGUAGUCGAGCGCAUUGUAGCAGAUGGUAUCCAUGUCUUAAUCAAUCUUAACGGAUAUACCAAGGGUGCCCGUAAUGAGAUAUUUGCUGCCCGCCCCAGUCCUGUCCAGUGCUCUUUUAUGGGGUUUGCCGGCACGUUAGGAGGCGGCUGGUGUGAUUGGAUCAUUGCUGAUCCUAUAGUUUGUCCACCCGAGAUGGUUAGUGGUGAAUUAUGGCGCUCCCGCCCCUUACUGGACCACACAAACGGUGACUUUGAAGGCGAUGUAGACCCAGAAGAAGACACGGACGAAUUUGUGUAUACUGAAAAAUUUAUUUACAUGCCUGCUUCUUAUUUUGUCAACGAUCAUAAACAAGGAUUCCGCGAGAACUCUACGACCAAUGGAACUACACCUGAGCAGCAGUGGGCUAUCGAAGAAGACAAGCGAUGGUCAAUGCGUCGUGAGGUGUUCCCUACAAUACCAGAUGAUAUGGUUAUAUUUGCUAAUUUUAACCAGUUGUACAAGCUUGAGCCAUCGACAUUCCGUAUGUGGCUGCGUAUUCUCGAACGUGUACCUAACUCAGUACUCUGGCUGUUGCGCUUUCCUCCUGCGGGUGAGCAACAUCUGCGGCAGCGGGCUACGGAGUGGGCUGGAGCGCAAGUUGCUCGUCGAGUGCUUUUUACAGAUGUCGCCCCUAAACAUAUUCACAUUCAUCGUGGUCGCGUGGCUGACAUAUUUCUCGAUACACCCGAAUGCAAUGCUCAUACCACAGCUGCAGAUAUCUUAUGGUCAGGCACUCCUAUCGUUACUUUCCCUAAACAUGUACACAAGAUGUGCUCGCGUGUGGGAGCUAGUAUUGCUCUUGCUACAGGAUUUGGUGACGAAAUGGUGGUUUCUAAUGAACAGCAAUAUGAAGACAGGGCAGUUGAGUUAGCCCAGGGACUAUCUUACACAUAUACUCCUAAUUCUACAGGCGAAAUGCAGCGGCGGGGUCAUGGUGCAUUGAUGCAUCUCCGUAAACGUCUAUUUGAGACCCGUGAAGAAAGUCGGUUGUUUGACACUCAAAGAUGGACAAGAAAUCUCGAACAGGGAUAUCUUGAGGCAUGGAGGCGGUGGGUCACGGCAAAGGAA